UAAGGAAAUAAUGGUAAAAAGUGGGAAAAAAUCAAAAAAGGAAGAAAAAGGGAAAAAAAAAAAAAAAAAGAAAAAAGGAUGACAUAAGGAAGAAGAAAAAGGGAAGAAAAAGCAUUGAGGAUCACCUCCGGGGCAAGGUGAAUGACGCGGUGAAGAGGCGGGGGAGAGGUAUCAAAAUUGAACUCCAAGUGGCAAAGGCUGAAGAAUGACCGGGAAAUCCGGUUUUCGGGAAGGAUUCAUUGAAUAGGUUUGAGAGAGAAAGAGGCAAUGGUUUGGCCUGGUCUGCUCUGUGUCUUCCUUAAAUGUAUCCAAAGACUCUUUUUUUUUUUUUCCCAAAUAUUUUAUUCUUUAACUUGCUCACCUAAUUCAGUGGACUAUCUAUAGUAUUUUAUAGCUGUGUAUAUAUGACUCGCCUUGGGUAACUGUUUUUGAAGCAUAGAGCUAAAGAGCACAAUUUCCCCCAUCUCUUUCUACACCUGGUUUUCUUUCUUUUCUCUCAUUCUCUCCUUUUUUUUUGCCCUGCUGGUUAAGCGGUGGGGUUUAGAUUUUUUUUCCCAAACAACAAUCUUUGUGCUCUGUUCUCUUGUAAAUGCAUGUUUUGGUUGAAGAUCUGAUCUGGGUUCUGCUGUUUUUGGUGAAAAGUUUGAUCUUUUUAGCUCUUUGUUUGGGUUUUUCUGGUGAACAACCAUGCCUGCUCUUGUCAAUUAUAGUGGUGAUGAUGAUUUCCGUGCUGUCCGUUCUGCCGAUUCAGGUGUUACGUUUUCCAUCAGUUCUUAUGCUGACGUCUAUUGCUCCCCUGCAAAGCGUCCACGUGUUAAUGCUCCCUUUGCUAUCAAAGGCCUCGAUUUCUUCUGCCAAGAGCGAAACCCCUCCAUUGAAAAUCUUCCCGAUGAGUGCCUGUUUGAGAUCCUCAGACGUCUUCGUGGAGCACCAGAAAGGAGUGCCUCAGCUUGUGUUUCCAAGCGCUGGCUUUCGCUCUUGAAUAGUGUGCGCAGUUCUGAAUUUUGCUGGAGCACUGAACAUCAGGGUAAAGUUGCUGGAAAAUCUCAGGAGAAUUCUAAUGACGUAGAAAUGACUGCCGCUGAUGAAGAUCUUGAAAUGGAGUGCGAUGGUUGCCUUUCUAGGUGUUUGGAAGGAAAGAAAGCAACGGACAUUAGGCUUGCAGCUAUUGCAGUUGGGACCGCUUGCCGGGGAGGACUUGGAAAGCUUUCAGUUAGGGGAAGUAACUCAGUACGAGGAGUUACCGAUACUGGUCUUUCAGCAAUUGCCCGUGGUUGCCCUUCCCUCAGGACCCUUUCGCUCUGGAAUGUCCCAACUGUUGGAGAUAAAGGUUUACUUGAGAUAUCAAGGGAGUGUCAGUUAUUAGAGAAGCUUGACCUUUGCCAAUGCCCAUCAAUUUCAGACAAGGGACUGGCCGCAGUUGCUAAGAAUUGCCCAAAUUUGACUGCUUUGACUAUUGAAUCCUGUUCAAAUAUUGGGAAUGAGAGCCUGCAAGCCGUUGGAAAAUAUUGUCAAAAGUUACAAUCUAUAACCAUUAAGGAUUGCCCCCGUGUUGGGGAUCAAGGGGUUGCUGCUCUCCUGUCAUCAGCAUCUGCUGCCUUGACAAAGGUGAAGUUUCAAGGUCUGCAUAUUACAGAUUUCUCUCUUGCUGUGGUCGGACACUAUGGCAAGUCCAUCACAAAUCUUGCGCUAUCUGGGCUCCAAAGUGUGACCCAGAAGGGCUUUUGGGUUAUGGGCAAUGCUCGGGGUUUAGAGAUGCUUUCUUCUUUAACAAUUACUUCAUGUAGGGGGGCUUCAAAUUUGAGUCUUGAAGCAUUGGGCAAGGGAUGUCCAAAUCUGAAGCAUAUGUGUCUUCGUAAGUGUUGCUUUGUGUCUGAUGCUGGUCUGCUGGCUUUUGCUAAAGCUGCUGGAUGCCUUGAGAGCCUACAACUAGAGGAAUGCAACAGGAUCACAGAAACCGGAAUUCUUACUGCACUUUCGAACUGCAACGAAAAGUUGAAGUCUCUUUCCAUCAUUAAGUGCUUGGGAAUUAAAGAUGUGCCUCAGGUAGUUCCCAACCUUUCACCAUGUGAGUCUCUUCGGUCAUUGUCCAUUAGAAGCUGCCCCUGGUUUAACAAUAAUAGCUUGGCUAUGGUUGGGAAGCUUUGUCCUCGGCUGCAUAACUUGGAACUUAAUGGGCUAUGUGGAUUAACUGAUGGUGCUUUUCUAAAUUUUCUGGAAAACUGUGAGGGAGGACUUGUGAAGGUGAAUCUCAGUGGUUGUGUGAAUUUGGGAGAUCAAUCAAUUAUAUCGUUGGCUAGGAUCCAUUGUGGAACCCUUAAAGUAUUGAAUAUCGAAGGUUGUAGGGGAGUUACUGAUGCAGCUUUAGGGGCCAUAGCCCACGAUUGUGUGUUUCUCAAUGAUCUUGAUGUUUCGCGGUGUGCGAUUACUGACUUUGGUGUCGAGGCCUUGUCUGAAGGAGGGUUUCUUAACUUUCAAGUCCUGUCUUUGUCAGGUUGCAUGAUGGUAACAAACAUCAGUGUGCCUCAUCUGAAAAAGUUAGGAGAAAACCUAGUUGGUCUUAAUCUCCAACACUGCAAAUUCAUGAGCAGCAGCAAAAUAGAGGAGCUUGUUGAAGACUUAUGGAGAUGUGAUAUCCUCUCCUAGACUUUGCAAGCUGAACUGUGUACAGACAUUGGUCAAGAUCGGGUUACAGUACAAAUGGAAGCGCUUAUAUUAUUAGAUCAGAUGCAUAGCAGCAUAGAGUGAAGCAGUUUUAACUAUCCGUAUUCGGGUUUGUGGUAGUUCAGUGGCUUGGUUGUUUUCCAGGGGAACAUGGUGUCUUGUUUUACCCACCUCUUUUUGCAGGCUCACAGCUUGUUGAAACUCUUUUUGGUCCCUCCUUCUGGUGGUUUGGGGCCUACCUAUUUUCACAGCCAUGGCUUCUUCCUGAGAAUCAUACAGUUACUGGUCCUUUUUCCGGGUUUCUUACCUGUAGUUAUGUCCCAUCUUGUAUUUGAGAAGUAUCAUGUGUUCGAUGGUCAAGCAUCUGUUGUUUAGUUGGUAAUGUGCUUUAAAUAAAGAUCCCUCGCUCUCAGUUGGAGGGAUCCUGUCUACUGUCUGUUCUGUUGUGUAUUCAAGUGUCGUUGUAUGGUGUAGAUCUGUGUCUAGGAGUCUAGGAGUCUGUUUCGUGAUUCGCUCGAGGCUUGUUCUGUAGGCGUGGGGUGCUGGGUUCAUGGGCUUUGGCAGCGGCAGUGAAGGUUUUCUUUUGCUGCCGCAACAACCUAGGUUGUUUUUUCUCUCUCCCGGAGUCUAGAUUUUUUUUAGGGUCAGCAGUACCUUAUUUUCUUGUACCCUCCUUACGAAUUUGUACCUUGAGCAUGUACUUUUGCUGUUACCUUCAAUAAUGAAAAUGUUUGUGUUGUGUUGUCU